GUUGGUGAUAAUUUUACAAUUUGUAUUCUACACAACAGUCUGCCAGUAUCUUCGCAUAUAUCAUCAUUUCAAGGUGAUACUAAUGCUCUGCAGCUGCCUCAUUAUAACCAGUUCCUUCCUUCAAACAUCAACAAACUUAUAUAAUUUGGUAUUACUAUGGAUCCCCCUCCUGGUUCUUAUAACACUAGAUAGAGACCAAGAUCUUACUUCUAGGAUGGAGUGGAUGUGGAGGGAGACGUUGAGGGGUGAGGAAGAGGAAGUGGAGACUAUGCAGGGCAUUAACAGAGUGUUACUUGAGAACCUUCUGCCGGCUCAUGUAGCUUCACAUUAUCUUAGCAUUAUCAAGGGAAAUGGAACAGAAGAACUUUAUUCUCAUAGGUAUGAGAAUGUGAGUGUUAUGUUUGCCAGUAUACCAAACUAUAAGGAGUUCUACAAUGAGAAUGAUAUUAAUAAGCAGGGUCUGGAAUGUAUCAGACUUCUUAAUGAAAUCAUUUGUGAUUUUGAUCUGCUGCUGUCUAAGCCUAAGUUCAGUUGUAUAGAGAAAAUAAAGACUAUAGGAAGCAGCUAUAUGGUAGCUGCAGGACUUACACCAGGGCAGUCCUGGAAAAAGGAGGCGCAACGUGAGUCCCAUGUUGCCAUUGUAAUGGUAGAGUUUGCUCAUCAGCUGAUGCAACUUCUUGAUAAUAUCAACAGGGAUUCAUUUCAGGUAUUUUUACUACGGGUUGGAGCCAGCACUGGGCCUGUUGUAGCAGGUGUCGUUGGAGCCAGGAAGCCUCAGUAUGAUAUCUGGGGAAACACUGUUAAUGUGGCCAGCAGGAUGGAAACCACAGGACAGAUGGGUAGAAUACAGGUCACGGAGAGCUUUGCUGACAAAAUAAAGGAUUCAGGGAUAACAUGCAGCUUCAGGGGAAAAAUACAGGUGAAAGGAAAGGGAUCCCUACCAACCUACUGGAUAGAUAAACCUUCAAAACUGAAUAUUGGAGGCAUGCUAAACACAUCAUUUUAACUGUAUAUUGGAGGCGUUCUAAAUACAUCAUUUUAACUGAAUAUUGGAGGCGUCCUAAAUACAUCAUUUUAACUGUAUAUUGGAGGCGUCCUAAACACAUCUUUUUAACUGAAUAUUGGAGGCGUGCUAAACACAUCAUUUUAACUGAAUAUUGGAGGCGUCCUAAACACAUCUUUUAACUGAAUAUUGGAGGCGUCCUAAACACAUCUUUUAAAUGAAUAUUGGAGGCGUCCUAAACACAUCUUUUUACUGAAUAUUGGAGCCGUCCUAAACACAUUAUUUUAAAUGAAUAUUGGAGGCGUCCUAGACACAUCUUUUAACUGAAUAUUGGAGGCGUCCUAAACACAUCUUUUAACUGAAUAUUGGAGGCGUCCUAAACACAUCUUUUAAAUGAAUAUUGGAGGCGUCCUAAACACAUCUUUUUACUGAAUAUUGGAGCCGUCCUAAACACAUUAUUUUAACUGAAUAUUGGAGGCGUCCUAAACACAUCUUUUAACUGAAUAUUGGAGGCAUCCUAAACACAUCUUUUAACUGAAUAUUGGAGGCGUCCUAAACACAUAUUUUAAACUGUAUAUUGGAGGCGUCCUAAACACAUCUUUUAAACUGCAUAUUGGUGGCGUCCUAAACACAUCUUUUUAACUGCAUAUUGGUGGCGUCCUAAACACAUCUUUUUAACUGUAUAUUGGAGGCGUCCUAAACACAUCUUUUAAACUGUAUAUUGGAGGCGUCCUAAACACAUCUUUUUAAUUGCAUAUUGGUGGCGUCCUAAACACAUCUUUUUAUCUGAAUAUUGGAGGCGUCCUAAACACAUAUUUUUAACUGUAUAUUGAAGGCGUCCUAAACGCAUGUUUUAACUAAAUAUUGGAGGCGUCCUAAACACAUCUUUUUAACUGUAUAUUGGAGGCGUCCUAAACGCAUGUUUUAACUGAAUAUUGGAGGUGUAACUACAGGGUUACCCUAAACCGGCCUAAAACUUGGAAAUCAGAAUUGGCAUUGUUAGAAAAAAAUAAGUUUCUAAGAUAAUCAUAUUUUUGUACAGUUUAGUACAGUUUGUUCUUUGCUUGUUUUUGUUAUCAAAAAGUAUUAUUCUAUUAACAUUCCAGCUUUGUAAAUCUUAAACGGACUAAAGAUUUAAUCUCAAGUGACCUUCCACAUAGAGUAGAGAGAUUCACAGUUGUAGAUCUUUCUUAAUCUAAAUCUAAAUCUCUUAAAACUUAAGUUUACAGUAUAUGCUUAAUGCAAUAUUCCCCAUGCAUGCAUGGCAGUUGAUCGAAGUCGUCAUCAAUGUUCAAUCUGAAUAAGGACUUUAUCAUCAUCAAUAUAGUCAGAUACCUAUCUCCUAUACAAUACAUCAAUCUAUUUAUACUUUACUUGAUUGUCUAUUUGUCUGUCUGUUUGUGUUCAAUAACGUCCAAACGGGUGAACCGAUAUCGGGCAAAAUUUUGGGACCUCACAUGACCUCUGGGAAGGUUUAGGGAUGCUCAAAAUUACACAAAUUUGUAUUUUGAAAUGCACAAAAAACAUCAUAAAAUUAGCGUUCUUUUUUUGAUUAUGUUUUAUAAUGUACAAAAAGGUACAAAAAAAGAUGCUCACAAAUAGAGCCAAAAUUAAAAGUUGAAAUAGAAGAUGGGCGCAAAGCACUUCCAAGCCUAGUUCUAUUUAUACUUUAUCUGUUGGGGUGUCUGUAUCUUUGUAUCCAAUAAACUUCUGAUUGGGCCCACAUUUUGUACAUUUUGUCUGGUACUUUUCACAAUUGAAAUAGAACAUGGGCGCGAGGCGCCCUAAAAGUCUAAUAUUCUGUACAUGUAAUACAUAUCCUAUACAUGUAAUACAAAUCCUAUAGAUGUGAUACAUAUUCUAUACAUGUUGUUAAUAUCAAAUAAAUGUGCUUUAUAUCAUAA